AUGAAGUACAACCUCCGAAUCCUAGUUCCAUCGCUGACCAACCAGACCGAAAGUAACCAUAAAUAUCGACACAUCCCCGAUGUUUCAUUCACAGACUGGGAGGCCAAAACGGCUCCCAAAAAACUAAUUCAGCUUCUGGUUCCCUCCGUGGCUGUAACUGUAUAUGACCUCGUCAAGCCCGAACCACCGGUCUCCGCCGAAGAGCUCCCCCCUUGGGUUUUCUACGUCGACCACUACUCUGCUCAUACAUCUGUCCCAUUGCCGAAGGCGCAGGACUUCCGGUCAUUGCCGAGCACAUUCCGCUCGGUAAUUCACCCCGGUGAUCGUCGCACGCGACUACCGCUGUGGCUCGUUGACCUAUGGCGACAAUUGCGCGACAUUGACACGCACCGGCGCAACAUCGUGUCUGGACUACAUUGGCUGCACAGAUUCCAAGAACAGAAUGACCUCGACUACAACAUUUUCGGAGAAGCCAUCUGGCCCAUCUUCCUGCGCCCGGCUUUGUUGCAUCCAUGGUGCGAUAUUUUCACAUCCCUCAUUACCGACCACCGCGACAUCAAUGACGAGGUCAUGGAUGCGGCAACAGCGGUCGUGAAAUUCAAAGCCGACGCUCUGGGUGGAACACAACAUUAUUACUCCUCCCUCAUUUCCCAGCUCCAGCCUGUGGAUCUUGUCGACCUGUUCAGCAAACGCGCGGCUCAAGGUGACUUUACCGUGGACAGUAUCAUCUACAUCCCAUGGAUUCUAGGCGACCACUGGAUCUUCGCCAUCAUCAACAUCCCCGGUCGCGAUAUAUGCAUCGGUGACACCACUCACCGGAGCGACCAUGAUGGCCAGCUUGAAGUCGCCAAGCGAACGAUGAGCCGAAUCGCUCAUGCGGUAGAAGCGUCGGUCAGCCAGACUCGCACGGACUGGUAUGUCCAGGAAUACAAGUUUCGCUGUGGGAUUCAGGACACCCCCUUCCCUUCCGGUGUUGCCAUUGCCGUGACUCUGGUGGGGGCUGUGGUUGAUGAGGCGAAGCCUUUGUCAUCCGAACACGAGGAUUCACACCGGAUCGCUGUAUUCUUCGAGAUCCUAGAAAACCUCCCCACAAAACAUGUCGAUCCCAACAGCUACCAGAAGAGUGUUUGGGAGUUGGAAGACGACCGUGAUGUUUCUCCCCUCGACGUGUCCAGCAUCACCACCGAGUCGGUCCGCUUCACCACCGGCGUUCACUCGCCAACUGGCACGUCCGCGGACGCUGGACUCCCACCCAACGGUAGUGAAUGCGGCAACCCCACCACCUGCCUUCGUGCGGGCAGUUGCCCGUCCGGUCUCCCCUUCCUCCUCGUCCCCGCCAGCAUUCGCACGGAGGCUCUCUACGUGGUCCUCUUCACCACCGGCUUGCCCGUCCUCCUCCCCUCCCUCCUCCACGCCGGCAUUCACGCGGGGGCUCGCUCGGCGGUCCUCUUCACCGCCGGUGUUCACCCGCCAGCUCGCACGUCCGCCAACGCCGGAAUCCCGCCCAACGGUGGUGAAUACGGCUACCACACCACCAGCUUUCGUGCAGGCAGUUGCCCGUCCCUCCUCCCCUCCCUCCUCCACGCCGGCAUUCACUCGGGGGCUCGCUCUCCCAUCCUCGUCCUCGACCAAUCCGCAGACGUGGAAGUGGUACGAAGGCUCAAUGGCAGAGUAUAUGCGCGAAUUGUGGGCCCAGAGAUCAAACGAAACAUCACACCGCCCCGACCUGAUGUUCUCUCCUGGGACGAUCGUACCGCCAGCCUCGAUGCCGGAGCACGCCCUUCCCACCACACCAUCGUCCCCACCGCGGGGACUUUCCGUCUCCUCUUCUACGUCCUUCCCACCUACAUUCACAAGGCAGCCUGCGCUCUCCCCAUCGCCUUCUUCUUCCGAUUCGGAAUGGAGUCAGCUGCUGAAGAUGGCCGACACAUCCUCGCCCUCACCGCCUGUCGUCACACCCCCGGCCUUCACGUGCGAGGUUGUGCCCCCAGCAGCGUCGCCACCGGUGUUCACACGAGGUCUCGCCCGCAACACAACGCGAUCCCCGAGCUCGUCCUCUCCACCGGCAUUCACCCGGCAGCUGGCGGGUACCUCAAUGCCUGCCUCCACAUCUCUGGCCUUCACGCGCGAGCUUGUGCUCCCAGUGGCAGCACCAUCAUCACCGGUAUUGACACGAAGCCCAACGCCGUCCUCUCCGGAACCAGAAUGGAGUCGGCAGCUAUUGAGCCUAUUCGCACCGCAACUACCGGUGCCCGCCGCAUCCUCGCCCCCGGCUUUCACUCGGCAGCUGGCGUGCUCUUCAACGCCUGUCUCCAGACUCCCGGUGGCAACCUCACCCUCGCCACCGAGUUUCUCACGAGACCUCACUGCGGCAAGUUCCCCACCAGCAUUCACGCGACAGCUGGCGCAGCCUACACUGACACCAAGCUCGUCUUCCCCGUCCUCCACAUCCCGGCCCCCUUCGUCUCCCCAGCCCGUAUUCUGCGCCCUUCGUCUCAACCUCCUGACCCACAAUCUGCGACGACGUCUGUGGUCACGCCCCGCCCCGGUCCUGCCUGCGCCAUCAUCCCCAUCCCCACAACGAGCACGUCCCAAUAG